AUGAACCCACAAGACAUACACAGAGUUCCCGACGAAGAGCUCAAUAGCACGGUGUCUCUGAAGCUGAACGGAGCUGUAUUCCACGCCGCCAAUCCCAGCCUCAUUCAGAAGAGCACAUGCAGUUGUGGUUUGCGGUUCAAUACAAAAAUCGUCGGAGGGGAUGUUACAGACAUAGCGAAGUAUCCCUGGCAGAUUGGCUUGGCUCAGAAAUACGACGGUUUCGUUUUCUGUGGCGGUUCCAUCAUCAACGAUCGAUAUAUUCUCACGGCCGCCCACUGCGUUGAUGGAAACUCUCCCGAAAACCUUGUAGUUCGCGUCGGUGAAACGUCAAGAACGGGUCCCGCAGAAACCAUAGAUGUCCUGGAAAUCAAAGUUCAUGAACAAUAUACCUACCAAUCGAUCGUCGCCUACGACAUUGCUCUGCUGAAGCUGGCUUGGCCUAUUGAAUUCUCCGAGUCGGUUUUGCCUGUUUGUCUUCCGGAUUCCAAAAAGAAAUACAGCAACAGGAAUGCCGUCGUCACCGGAUGGGGUAGAGACGGCGCCGAUGGGGACAUACAGCAAGAGCUACAUGAAGUGACAGUCACGGUCUACUCGACGAAGAAAUGUAGAAAGAAGUCGGAUUAUCAGAAGGAUGAAGUUCAUAAG